AUGUUUAAGACAGUUGCCGCACUCUCGUUAGCUAGCUCUGCACUCGCUCACGGUAUCGUGUCGUACAUUAACGUUGAAGGCCAAGGCUUCAAUGGUCCAGAGCCAAACCAAGCGUCUCCUGGCGCUGCCGAAUGGACCGCUGGUAUCAACCCUAUCAAGGACCCAUACUCACCAGACAUGUUCUGCGGUCCAAACGCUUACGCCAAUGGCAAAGGCUACAUCGGAGCUGGCUCUUCCAUGAACAUCUACUGGGAGGAGACGCAAUACUCACAAUGGCCACAUAACACGGGUCCAAUUAUCACCUACUUGGCCCGCUGCUGGAGCGGUGACUGUUCGACCAUGAACGCUGACUCGGCAAACUGGUUCAAGAUUGAUCAAAAAGGUUUCGAGAAUGGCCAAUGGAAGCAAGCUUCUUUGAUGAACAGCGCUGGUUACACCAUCACCAUCCCAUGGGAUCUCGAAGAGGGCGACUACCUCAUGAGAACUGAGAUUAUCUCCCUUCACGCACAAAAGCCACAAUACUACCCAUCUUGUGUUUCAUUCCAUAUCUACGGUAGCGGUGGCAGCAACACUUACAGUAACGACGCUUGGGGUAGCUUCCCUGGUACUUACAGCUGGUCUGACCCUGGCUUAUCUAUUAGCGGUGGUGGUAUCUACAACGUACACUCUGACGAACAAUACCAGUUCCCUGGUCCACCACUUGUUACCGUCGGUCAAGGUGGUCAAGCUUCCUAUAGAAGCAACGACGACUCCCAAUCCACAGACAGUGAUAAGCAAGAUGACGGUGCUGAUGAGGAAGACGAGUCAUCAACUUGCAACGACGACUCAAACACCGCGUCCUCAAACCCAUCGUGUGCAACUCAAGCAAAUGAGGAUGAGUGCGAGUCUAAGUGGACUCAAUGCAACAAGGACUACGUCCCAGGCACUGACUUCACCUGCAAAGACCAAUGGGCACAAUGUCGUGGCCAAUCUGUCCAAAGAAGAUUGAACUCUAACGCCAAAAUGACGACCAAGAGAGUCAAGAGAGACAUGCACAACCAGCACGCUCAACACGCUCGUCGCCACCACUAG